AUGAAUCAAUUGUCAACAGAAGAUAAUACUGAGAAUAAUAAUAAUAAUAAUAAUCUGAGAAAUACACGAUCCAAUAAAUUUUCAUUGGAUAACUUAUCUUCAAUGUUCAAACAUUCAGAAUUACCGAAACAAAACUUUGCUGAUCAUAAAAUUAAUAUAACCAAUCAAAUGUAUAGUGUUCCUUUAUCCCACCAUAAUACUAUAAAUACAAAUAGUUCCCGAAUCCCAAUGGAAAUCGAUCAGCAAAAUAAUCAGAAUGCACCGAAACUGGAAGAUAUUUUAUCUGGCAUCUCAUUGUCUACAUGUUUGGAAUCAAUUAAAAUUGUUGAAAAAGGAAGCAAUGAGAUAAAAUCUCCAACAAUAGAAAAUACGAUGUCGAAAGAUGAUGAAAAUUCAGUUGUCAAUUCUAAGUUACAUUCAAUAUUUCAUGGUAAAUCAUGGGCUCAGUCAUUAUUCAAGGAAAGUGUCAAUUUUUAUGAUGAAUAUAAAGAGAAUCCAGAAAGAAUACUUGAUGAUCAUUUCAAAAGGAUAUGGAAGACACGUGAAGCAUGUAUGCUAUUAGAAGAUCAAAUUGAUAUGUAUAGUGCUUUUCAAAAACAUUCAAAAAAAUGCAGUAAAACUCGUAGAAAACGUGAUGCAAUUAAAACUAUUCCUAGUGAAAAUGACAAUAAUAUUGAUGCUAAUUUAAAAAGUUCAAAUGGAAAUAAUGAAAUGUCUGAUUUAGAUUAUGAUAAUCUUCAAUAUAUCAAUAAUACUAACAAUAACAAUGAAGAUAAUGUUUAUAAAUCGAAUUGUAACGUAAAAUUAACCAAACAAUAUUUUAGCUCAUCAAAACAAUUUCCAAAUGCUACUUCUCAUUAUUCACCUAAUCAUACUGGUUCACAACAAAACUAUUAUAUUUGUAAUCAUUGUAACAUGUAUUACUUUGCACAAAACAAUUAUCUCGAUAACAUGACCGAUAGAAUUGAUAAAGAAUAUAUUCCAGUACAUUCUGAUGAAAUCACAACGGAUUAUGAAGCGUUCAAUACAUUGAUAGAUGCAGGAACAAAAGAAACUAGGAAUAAAAGAAUCAUUCAUCAGAGUAGGAGCCCCUCAUAUUAUAGCUGUUCAAAUGAAUCUGAAGAAUACAAUAAUAAUAAACAGCAUAAUUAUUUCAUUCAAACUUCACUAUCAUUACCGGAUGUUACUAAUGAUAAACAAAACUUUCCAUUGAGUGACUUUACAAUUAGUAUAAUUUAUGUAUCAGAAGAUCCAUUGCCACAUGUAAUUUUGUGUGAAAAUAUUCGCUGGACAUUGAAACUUUUUAAAAGCAAAGUUAUUCAACAGGUGUUUGCCAAUAGGAGAAAAAUUCAAACUGAACUGUACAAUCAAUUCCAGAGUUUGAGAAAACGAUUCUAUUUCAAAACUGAAUCCAAUGAAUUAAAUAGCGAUAUGAUUUAUUAUGAGAUUAUUGAUGAUACAGAAGAGAUCCCACGUUGGAGAGGUUUAAUAUGGGCUAAAAUUGAAAUAGAUCAUAACUGUUAA